CACUAACAGCCACCCCACGCCCAUCCCCUCAUUCACAAUGGCGUCGCGUCUGGCCAGAACUGCUGUCGGGGCUGCCCGCCUCCGGCCCAGCGUCGUCCCCCGCGUCCUUCCCGCGCUGAGCACCGUUGCUAGCCCCCGCUACUCGUCCGGUGUCCCCUCCGAGGACCCCAAGACCAAGGCUCAGUCCAUCAUCGACUCCCUUCCCGGCAGCAACCUCAUGUCCAAGACCGCCAUCCUCUCCUCCGCCGCCGGUCUUUCCAUCUACGCCCUCUCCAACGAGUACUAUGUCGUGAACGAGGAGACCGUCGUCGCCUUCUGUUUGCUCUCCGUCUGGGGUGGUCUCAUCAAGUUCGGUGGUCCCCUCUACAAGAAGUGGGCCGAUGAGCAGAGCGACAAGAUCAAGAACAUCUUGAACUCUGCCCGCGCCGACCACACUCAGGCUGUCAAGACCCGCAUCGGCGACGUUAAGCAGAUGUCUGGUGUUAUCGACAUUACCAAGACCCUCUUCGCCGUUUCCAAGGAAACCGCCAAGCUUGAGGCUGAGGCCUAUGAGCUCGAGCAGCGCACCGCUCUCGCCGCUGAGGCCAAGACUGUCCUCGACUCCUGGGUCCGCUACGAGUCGCAGGUUAAGCAGCGCCAGCAGAAGGAGCUCGCCCAGACCGUUAUCGCCAAGGUGCAGAAGGAGCUCGAGAACCCCAAGGUCCUUAAGCAGAUCCUCGAGCAGUCCGUUGCUGACGUUGAGAAGAUUGUCUCCAAGGCUUAAAUAAACUAUUUUCGUCCGACUUGCAAGCGAGGCCCCAUUUGUAUCAGUGUCCGUCAAGACCGUGUGAAAUAGGCAAUACAACUUUUUCGUCUCUAUCGGCCUUACUCGACCUUAACGCCUUUAUGCUAUUUUCGAUUGCCUCCCGAGCGGCCUUACGGAUGUUCUUACAGAUUUCCUGUUUCCGGGCUGUGGGGCCUCAUGUUGCAUGAAGUUUUGGCUCUGAAAGCUGGGAGUUAUGGCGGUCAUUAAACUGGGCAAGCCGGGACUUGAAGGAAUGGUGGUAUAUUGCCUGAGUCUCGGAUAUGUAAAAAUGCCGGGUCUUUCACUGUGUCCACCAUCAAUGGUUCUGCUCAACCCA